ACUUGGUUCGGCAACAAUUUCAAACAAGACGUUAAAGGCGACCGUGCCUGCCAGCGACUGUCCAGGAGUUCAGAAAAUCCUGCCAGGACAUACAGCCCAAACACGCGGUUCAGACUCAAACUAAAGAAAAAUCUCUUUCAUUUUAAAAAGUGCGCGCUUCCUAGCCGAGUUUAAAUAACCAAAAACAAAAUUAAAUAAAUAAAUAUCUUUAAAAUGCCUUUCGCAAACGAGCAACUUAAAGUGGUGGCCAGCGAGCAGCUGAGCAAAUCGGAGACCAUCCAGCUGCGCAACCAGCACAUCGGGCAAGCCUGCCAGCUCUUCUAUCGUUCUGACCCCCUGAAAAUUGUACGCGGCCAAGGUCAAUAUAUGUUCGAUGAGGAGGGCACCCGGUAUCUGGACUGCAUCAACAAUGUUGCUCAUGUGGGUCAUUGUCAUCCUGAGGUAGUUCGUGCUGGAGCCCUGCAGAUGGCCACUAUCUCGACCAACAACCGCUUUCUCCACGACGAGCUGGUCCAAUGUGCCCGUACUCUGACCAGCAAAAUGCCGGAGCCAUUGUCCGUGUGCUUCUUUGUCAAUUCCGGAUCGGAGGCCAAUGACCUGGCCCUUCGUCUGGCCCGUAACUUUACAAAGCGCCAGGAUGUUAUCACUCUCGACCAUGCCUACCAUGGUCACUUGCAGUCGGUGAUGGAGGUGUCUCCGUACAAGUUCAACCAACCUGGUGGCGAGGUCAAGCCCGACUACGUCCAUGUGGCUCCCUGCCCGGAUAUCUAUGGCGGCAAGUUCACCGACAAGAUGUAUCCGAAUGCGGACAUGGGUGCUCUGUAUGCCCAGCCCAUUGAGGAGAUCUGCCAGAAGCAGUUGGCCAAGGGCCAGGGUGUGGCGGCCUUCAUUGCCGAGAGUCUCCAAAGCUGUGGUGGUCAGAUUUUGCCACCAGCUGGAUAUUUCCAGGCCGUAUAUGAGGCAGUACGCUCCGCCGGUGGCGUUUGCAUCGCCGAUGAAGUCCAGGUGGGAUUCGGACGCGUGGGCAGCCACUACUGGGCCUUUGAGACCCAGAACGUCAUCCCCGACAUCGUGUGCGUGGCCAAGCCCAUGGGCAACGGUCAUCCGGUGGGUGCAGUGGUCACCACCCCGGAAAUCGCCAAGGCCUUCCAUGCCACCGGAGUGGCCUACUUCAAUACCUAUGGCGGCAAUCCGGUGUCCUGUGCGAUCGCCAAUGCCGUGAUGCGUGUCAUCGAUCAGGAGGGUCUGCAGGAGAAUGCUCUGGUCCUGGGAGAUUAUCUCUUGGAGCAGUGCAAUCGGCUGAAGCAGGACUUUGAAUGCAUCGGUGAUGUACGUGGCGCAGGACUCUUUGUGGGCAUCGAGCUGGUUCAGUCGCGGGAGGAGCGGAUUCCGGACAAGAAGGCCGCCCACUGGGUGGUUAACCGGAUGAAGCAGCUGCACCGGGUGCUCGUCUCCUCCGACGGUCCCAACGACAACGUGAUCAAGCUAAAGCCUCCGAUGUGCUUCAGCCGGGAGAAUGCCGAUGAGUUCCUCUUGGCCUUCAGGGAGUGCCUGACCGCCGUGAUGCAGGAUCGACUGGCCACUGCCGCCUCCGCCGCCAUGGCUGCCACCAGUGGCGUCAUCGCCACCGCCGCCGAAACGCUGGCCAACAAGACGAAACUCUUCGAGCGGCAGGAUCGCCUCAUCAAGUCCGUCUGAGGCAGUGCCUGCUGGUUGGCCAAUGCCACCAUCAGUACCACCAAUGCCUCUCCGCCCGGGCACAAAAUAGCUUUAGCCACCAAGGAUAUUUAAAUUAUUCCAUGAUCCCCUUAAUGUCCUUUUGUCCCUGGUCCAUUUAGCAUUGACCCCCCUAUUCUCUCAAAAAUUUGGAUUUGUUUAGCUGUAAUGCCAAAAUUUUAAUUUGAUUAGCAUUAGUGCCAUUUAUCCGUAAUCUACAUAUAUAUAUUUUACGCUGUAUAACCAUUAUUCUGUACGUCAAGUAUCUUCUAGUAUCUAGAAACGUAGGGAGCCCCACACGAAUUUCUUCCAUUGUAAUAUGUAUAUAUACAGUUUUGAUUAUAUUAAGUAUAUUAUGUUUAAAAAAAAUGUUAUUAAAAAAGUUACGUAUAUUUUGUAA